AUGUGGGGGAAGACAUCAGAGAGACUGGAGAAACCUCAUGCCUUUUUUGCCUCCUCCUUCUCAGAAGUGCACUCAAAGUCCAUCUUUGAGAGGGACCGUCGUGACUGGUUGGUCAUCCCCGAUGCAAUUGCAGCUUACAUCUAUGAAACUGUGAACAAGAUGUCCCCUAGAGUUGGUCAGUUCUUGGCGGAUGCUGCCCAGACUCCAGUAGUUGUUGGGACCAGGACUUUCCUCAUCAGAGAAACGACCAAACUCAGUUUACUGGCUGAACAGCUGAUGGAAAAAAUAAAGAACCUGUGGUAUACAAAAGUGCUAGGCUACUAGUCAGAAGAAGUCAGUGUUUCCUGAUGUGAGUUGGUA